CGUGAAGAAAAUGGAGGGUUGAGGGUUUAUGGCGCUGAGGAGGAGCUCCAUUCUUCGCCGCCGCCAUGGAGAAUGCGCGCGAGGGCCUACGGCUGCGAAUCGAUCGAAGAAAGGAAGAGUGUCACCGACGAUAGGGCGGAUUUGUGCCGGAAGCUGGCCGAGUCUCGGGACAGGGAAAUCGGCGCUCUUAAGGUGGCGCUCGAGGCACGGAAAUGUGAGUCGCAGGCGAUCGCGAUGUUCAACCAGAGGAUGAAAAUCGACGUGUGUGGCAUGGAGGAUGAUGUCUCUGGCGGCCAUACCCGGGAGCUCAAGGCGUUGCGAAACGCCUUGGUAGCACAGGAACAGGAGAAUCUCAAAAUCAUGGAGACGAACAGGAAGCUCCAGAAGCAGAUCGAGCGGCUGAAGAGUGGGAAGUUUGUGGCUGAGAGCUACGAAAGCGAAGAACUCUCGAAGGACCUUGGCGGUGUGAGACCAUUCGAGCAAUGUGUCAUAAAACUCGGCAAACCUGAAGGGAGAGUGGUCGAACAGAAGAAGGUGGAGGAGGAAAAGAAUGGUGAAGAGGAGCCUUUAUUCCACAGCGAGGGUGUCCCUAGCGGCGAGGAAAAGCCUGCCGCCAUCGCGAAGCGCUCCAUCGUCCCCCGGAACGUAGAUCUCGUGCACCCAUGGCCGGAAUGGGUUUCCUUUAUACAGCACCUCAAGAAGACAUCGCACUUGAAAUCAACGAUGGACAAAGUUGACGAUGCUAUGAGCAUGGAGGAGAAAAUCAAAGCAGCGGCAAUGAGCUUCUGUGCCACGCACGAGAAUGUUUUGCAACGUUUGUCACAGGAUGACUUGAUGGUUUUUGGUGCUUUCGGGUGCCCAAACACGGACAGGAGAAUUGUUAACUCGGGAAAGAGAUUGAGAAAGUAUCUAAACCUGACCGAAUCGGAUGUUUGCAAGUUCUGUAGCCACAGCAACGUCUGCUCCAGAGCGAGCUGCGAAAGUACUCCGUCUGCGGUUCCUGCGGAGAGCAGCGACAUUCUAUGGCUUCUUCUUCAGUUUGGAUUUGAUGCGGUCAGUGAUCACUCUGAGAAAAGGCCACUGCCAGAGGAUGUCGAGAAAACUACCAGGAGCAUUCUGCAGCAGCUCGUGUUCCUCGCUGAUAAUCCCCAUGCUGUCGUCGAGCGUCAACAAGAAAUGGAAAAGACGGCUGUCAAACCGGGAAACUGGAGAUGUACAAGGUGCAAAUUGCUUAACUUUAGUGGCAAUAAGUUCUGUCGCGGAUGCAGUACUCCAUGUGGGCUCCGGACAGGAGAAUGGAAAUGCUUCAAGUGCAAUCAAAAGAACUUGGCAAGAAGUCUAGUAUGUGACGACUGUAGCGCACCACGACCGCCAAAAGAGCUUCGUUGGGGAGACUGGGAAUGUCCAAACUGCCAGGGGGUCAACUUCGCGAGGAACAAGGACUGUUUUCGCUGCAAUGGGAAGCAGCCUCCUUUCAAAGACCGACAGGUGAUUGGAGUGAACAGAAGCACCGUUUUGGAGACUACAGCGGCCCCAAGCUUCACACUGGGAGUGACGCCGUGGCUCAUGACCAAAGAAGAGAAAGAGGCAAGCCUCAAGAAACGCUAAUUCUCUGUUUCUGUAAUGUUAUUUUUCCAGUCAAAUCACCAAAGCUUUCUUGAAGUAA